GUAAAACUCCAAUAAGUCAUGAUAUUUCAUCAAAAAUUGUUAAUGUUUUAACUGAAACACUUCAACGUAUACAACGUGUUCUUCAACCAAGUUCAAUAUCUGGACGAGAACAUUAUUUAUUUUCAUUACGUCAUAUUAUGGUUGCAAUACAAAGUUUAAGAAAUGUUGAUGUACAAACAAGAAAUCAAACAACAUUUAUAGCACCUUUUCUUAAACAUGAAUUAUAUAGAAUUAUUCAUGAUCAAAUUGUUCGAGAAAUUGAUCAAUAUUGGUUUACUGAUAUAAUAAAUGAAGUUUUUCGAAAUGUAUUUGAUUGGGAUAAAAAUGAAGAAGAUCAUCUUUAUUUUACAUUUCCACUUGAAGGACGAAGUUAUGAACGUCCACUUAGUUCACUUAUAAUUAAAGAAAUAAAAAUUCAAAUUCAACCCGUUGAAUCACUUAGUCAACUUCGUAAAGCAAUUGAUCAAGUUGCAAUGCGAUAUAGAGAAGAAUUUGGUCAUCAUACAUUUUCAUUAUCAGUUUCAGAAAAUAUAGCUUUACAUAUAAUACGUAUGCAUCGAGUUUUAUCUCAUUCAUCUUUGAGUAAUUUAUUUGUUAUUGGUACAAUUGGUUCACAUUUAUCAAAAUUAGUUCGAUUAGCAUUUUAUUUAGCAGAAAUUCAAGAACAUACUAUUGAUUAUUCAACAAAAAGUUUAUUUUAUGAUAGUUUAAGAGGUGUUAUUAGAACAACGGCAGUUGAAGGACGACAUAUUGGAAUUUUACUGACAAAUAAACAUUUACGUGAUUCAGAUAUAGUUGAUACUAUUUCGUCACUAUUGACAAGUUAUGAAUGUCCUCAUCUUUUUAGUAAAGAUGAACUUGAUGGACUUUAUCAGGCAGUCAUAAAUGCAUAUAAAAGAGAUCAAAAUUUGACAACAGUUGUUAUAACUGAUCCACGACGAUAUUUUCUUUCGAGAAUUCGUCAACAUCUUCAUAUUGCUAUUUGUUUACCAGCACAUAGUGAACUUCUUAGUCGUAUAUCGACGGAAUAUCCCGGUUUACUUAAAAAUACUCAAGUAUAUUGGAUAAAAAAUUGGUCACCAUCAGCUCUUUGUGUGGAAGCAUCAUUUUUUCUUGCAUCACAUGAUACUCCUCUGUCAGAUGAUCUUCGUCAACGUUUAUCUCGUUGUUUAUGUGAUAUACAUUAUUAUAUGUU